AUGAAGUCAAAGGCUGACAAGCGAGCCACAAGAGUCCAACCUUCUCAGAUUGCGCUGCUGCUGCAACUCCCACCCGAAAACGAAGCAGUAUCGCCAUCUUCCGACCUCAAAUCAGAGUCGGGGCACUUCGUUCCCAGAUCCCAUCCAAAUAUAUCCCCUCCAUCCUCACUCUCUGAGCCUGGAGGCAAGGUCAUCAGAGGUUCGCCACGAGCUAUGAGUCUUCAAGCGAACAGCCCUACCGGCUCGGAUUCUAAUAUACGGAAUGAGUCCCCUUGGGAUACUUACAAGAAAUACUACGAAUGUGAUUUAGCCGGAACAGUGAUUGUAUGCGUUCGAGCUUCCGAUGGGCGUGCUGCACGGGCGAUUCGGCGAUUCUCCAGCAGGGACAGUGACAAAAUCCUGAAGGUUCUCCGUUCGACAAACCAUAAGAAUGUCGCCUCCGUCUGGGAAUUUUUCCGCACCUCCGAUGCCCUGUACACUCUUGGCGAAUUUGACCCGCUGUCACUAGAUCAUAUUGUUGCCUGCAAAGCUUUCCCGGACCAGCAGCAACUCGCUGCUAUUAUGUCCCAGUUUCUGGAAGGACUGGCUCAUUUAGUAACCCAGGGAUUCCAUCAUACUGCUUUAUAUUGCUCCAGCGUCCUCAUGAAUCUUAAUGGAGAGGUCAAGAUCGAGCUGAAAAAGGUUUGUGAGCCGCCCAGUAACCUCGCUCUGAACUCGCUUAUUGUUUUUCAGCAACCCUUUUUGACAGAAAUUCGGUGGAGUCUCGGUGAUCUCAUCGGCCUGGCCUGGUUUGCUCUGAUAUCCGCUCGUACGUUCUACUCGUACACAUCGAAUCCAAACGGAGGUAUAGCAUAA